AUGGUGCCCAACCCACUCCCCAUCAGGCUAUGCUCUCACCUACUCAACACAUCCAAAGCUUUCCUUUCACAAACAUCUCUCCCCUACACUCAAUCCUCGCUCGCAAUCACAUCCCUCCUCCUCCGCCAUGGCUUCCUCUCCAACAUCACACUCGGCACCCCAUCACACCCAUCACCUGUCGAAUUCGCCUCUCUCCCACCACCUGCAAAACGUAUAUGGGUCGGUCUCAAACAUCGCAAUGGCGUACCCGUCUUGAGACGGAUGAACCUCGUCAGCAAACCAAGCGUACGGAUAAAGGUGGACCAUGGGGAACUGGGGCGGAUACUGAGUGGGAAGAGGGCAAAGAAUGUUGCGGGGAUGGGGUUAGGGGAGGUGCUGGUGGUCAGGGUGCCAGAGGAUAAGGCGACGGGAAGAAAGGGGACGGAGCUGUAUAUGGAGGGGUGGGAAGCAUGGCGCGCAGGGUUGGGCGGCGAGAUCGUAUGUAGGGUGGGAUAG